CUCACUCUCUGUGUGCUUUCUUCUUUCCUGCGGCUCUCUCUCUCUCAUAUCUAGAAAACCAGGUGCUCCAAUGGCUACAAGACAGCAUCAUCAACGCAUCCUUUCAACUAUCAAUCGAAACACACGCAAUAACUAAUAUCAAAGCACCCUUUUCAUGGCCUCCUUCAACAUCAGCAUAUCAUCUAUCCUCACCUGGAUUCCCUCAAAACAGAGCAUUAAACAAACCCAUUAAUUUCUCGGGACCUAUUUGAGCUCAAAAGUUAAAUCAUGGAGGAGCGACAAGUUCUGUUUGGGAAAUACGAGAUGGGUCGGUUCUUGGGUAAGGGAACGUUUGCAAAAGUGUACUACGGGAAGCAAGUAGUGACAGGGGAGAGCGUGGCAAUCAAGGUAAUCCGCAAGGACAUGGUGAAGAAAGAAGGAAUGAUGGAGCAGAUCCAGCGAGAAAUUUCAGUGAUGAGACUGGUUCGACACCCGAACGUGGUGGAGCUCAAAGAAGUCAUGGCGACAAAGACUAAAAUCUUCUUCGUUAUGGAGUACGUCAAAGGCGGAGAACUCUUCGCCAAGGUCGCGAAGGGUAAGUUGAAUGAGGACCAAGCGAGGAAGUAUUUUCAGCAAUUAAUCAGCGCCAUCGAUUUCUGUCACAGCAGAGGAGUCUCACACCGGGACUUGAAACCGGAGAAUCUGCUGUUAGACGAGAACGAAGAUCUCAAGAUCUCCGAUUUCGGCUUAACGGCCCUGCCUGAGCAGCUCCUGAACGACGGACUUUUACACACCCAGUGCGGGACUCCAGCGUAUGUUGCGCCGGAGGUUCUGAGGAAGAAAGGCUACGACGGAUCUAAGGCCGACAUCUGGUCCUGCGGUGUAAUCUUAUACGUACUCCUCGCUGGGUUCUUGCCAUUCCAGGACGAGAACGUCAUGAACAUGUACAGGAAGGUAUUCAAGGCAGAUUUCGAGUUCCCGCCGUGGUUUUCAACGGAUUCACGGCGAUUAAUUUCAAAAAUCCUCGUCUCCGAUCCGGAAAGGAGAAUCUCGAUCCCAGCGAUCAUGAGAGUCCCGUGGUUUCGAAAAGGUUUCACAAGGCCCAUCGCGUUCUCCAUCCAAGAUCCCGGAUCCGAAAAAACUGAAGACCAGACUGAACCUGCUGAAAAUACGAAAAUGCCUUCUUCCCCGAAGUUCUUCAAUGCGUUCGAAUUCAUCUCCUCCAUGUCGUCGGGGUUCGAUUUGUCCAGUCUGUUCGAGAACAAGAGGAGAGUGGGUUCCAUCUUCACUUCGAAGUGUUCGGCGUUGACGAUCCUGGGGAAGCUUGAAGGGGUUGCCAAGGCGAUGAAUUUCAAGGUAGCGAAAGUGAAGGAUUUCAAAGUGAGGCUUCAAGGGCCGUCGGAGGGGAGAAAGGGGAAAUUGGCGUUGACGGCGGAGGUUUUCGAGGUGGCGCCGAACGUGGCGGUGGUGGAAUUGUCAAAGUCAGCAGGGGACACUUUGGAGUAUGCGAAGUUUUGCGGGGAGGAUGUACGGCCGGCGCUGAAAGACAUCGUUUGGAUAUGGCAAGGUGACAACAUUUGCAACUGACAAGGUUGUGAAAAAUAAAAAAAUCAUAGCAACCCAAAUGGCCAAAUCCUAACCUCAAUUAGGAUUUUUUGUUUUAUAAAAUGUUUUCACUCGUUUUUAAUUUUUAAUUUUGCUUUGGGAAGAGAGAUUAUAGUGUGUGAUAUAUUGUACAUUAACUCUGAGUAGUGUAAAUAUUUUGGAUUAAAUGUGACAAAUAGCAUGUUAUCAUA